AUGUGGUGGCUCCCCGAGCAUGAUGCAGAGCUUAUACCGUGUCUUGCGGAGCUCGCGGAUGAUGGAAUGAAGGUUGAUAAAAACUUCAAAGCUGAGGCUUACAAAAUAGCAGCUAUGAAGAUGAACAUGAAAUUCAAAACCAGCUACACCCACCUUCAUGUGAUUAAUCGCAUGAAAACUUGGAGAAACAAAUUCAAUGAUAUGAAGGCUUGCAUCAACAUAAGUGGUGCGGGGUGGGAUGAGGAUAAUUGUAUGAUAAUUCUAGAUGAGGAGACACUUAAAAUAUGGGCUCACAAGAUCAUGGGUGAUGAUCAAGCUAGGGGUGAUUUUGUUAGGCCAAUUUAUGAUAAGAUUGGUACUAACAACGUCAUUCCUCUUGAUGAUGAUGAUAUGGACAUUCCACUUGAGAGUGAAGUUGAGCCACAAUCCGAUGCUAACAUUACCCCAAACUCCACAUCUAGAAAAUCCCAACGUGAAUCUAAAACAAAGCCAUCUUCAAGCAAGAGACCUCGACACUCAAAUGAUGAUGAGUUGAUACAUAGCUUUGUUGAGUCAAUGUCGGAGUCAAUUAGAAAUCAACACAUUAUACAUUGGACUGAACAAUUAGCUGCAGCUUUGAAGAACCAUAGUGACUCUUAUAGUGAUAAAUUCCUUGAUAAGGUUUUAGAUCAUUUGUAUGAAAGUGAGCGUGAGGCUAGGAGGUUUUUUAUAAAAACGAAGGAGGCUCAGAAGAGGUUUCUUGCAAGUCUUGCUGCGGCUCAAGGAUGGGACACGUCAUAG